UAGUUAGCUAAAGAAUAAUGAAUACACAGUUGAAAUAGCUAGCUCAAGUAAUGGAUAGACAGUUGAACAUCAUAUUCGAUCAAUCAUUUAAGUCUCAUCUUCUAUCAAUUGUAAUUUAAAAGAUGACAGUCACUGUUGAUGGAGGUAGGCUACCAAUGCACUAUUGCUGUGCGUACACUCUUUACUGUUUAGUCCUUAUUUUAAAUAGUUGAGACCUGUGCAGUUUCUCUCAUUGUCUUUACGUUGAAUAAAUGUUUCCCUGUUGGCCUUUUCCUGUUUUGACGAGCACAGGUGACCCCAGUCGUCUCAUUGCACACAUUAUUCAGCCCCGGUCUCUGCGACCCAGCUGGGCUCAAUCGUUGCUUCCAUCGACAUCCUGCAGGCAGAACAGGAGGAAAAGCUUCUUCCUUAUUUAACGCAGCCGCAGAAGAAGAUGAUGAUGAUGAUGAAGAUGGACUCAAGCUCUUGCACGGAAGAUCGAAUCGAGCAUGUCCUCGAGCGCUGCCUCUGUGGUCUGGGCAUCGACACUCUGGACAAACAACUCUGGAACGCCGGGCUGUGCAUUAACCGCUGGUGUUUGGAGGAACUUGUGAAGCGACAUCCACACAACUUCCUCAUCCUUCUGCAGAAAAUACUGAGGAAAACAAAGGAGGUGCUGGAGGAGUGUCGGUAUGAACUGGUGGUGCCGCUCACUCUCCUGUUCUCUUCAGCCCUGCUUAAGAGUCCUCACGUGGCUGCAGACCCGGUUGUGCUGCAGGAAGCCUACCUGUUGUUCCACAGUUUCCUGACCUGGCCUGAGCCCUGCAGUUCCGCCAGCAAACGGCUGCUGAACGUCCUGCAGCAGGAGCUCAGAGCCCCAGGUAUUUCAUUUCAAAGACUGGUUCACUCAGAGCAGGGCAUUUCCCCUGAGCACCACUCCAAAACCAUGACGGUGCUGUUAGUGGGUCCGGAGGAGGACGUCCUUCCAGAGGUCCGGUCCGUCUCAGAGCAGCUGAGCAGCGGCAGCCAGGACUCCUGCAGAGACGUCUCCAUCCUCCUCAUCCUGCACGCCUUCCAGGCCGCUCUGGGCUCCAAACAGAACCUGCAGACGCUCCGCUGCGCCCUGCAGACUAAGCGGCCUGAGGAGCUGGAGCAUUUGAUGCAGGCUGUGAAUAAUCUCAUGGAGACGGCAGCGUCUACAGCAGAUCUCAGCACAGCCAGGAACACUUUGACACACAGUAUGGAGAGACUGGGAGAGAGCCUCACGUCUGCUGCUGACGGCUGCACAGAUACUGGAGCUGUUGAGAUGUUAAUGCUGCCCUUCCCCAAAUGUCACACAUGCUCCUGGGAAAACGACAAUUUUGAUUUCCUGAACAGCGUUCUCGACUCAGACGUAGACUCUGCUCGGGAUUGUUUCCUGGAACCAGAAAUAGAUGAGGAGGAUAGAAAUGACACCAGUGUGGACGAGGAAGACGAGUCGGAGGGAAACAAAGAAGUGGACUUUCUGAACAAUCGUAUCUCCACCGCCUCCUCUUCCUCCAGGGACUCAGGCUACUCCCUCUCCACGCCUUCCGGAUCCUCAGGGGUGGAGAGCGACUUCAGUGAGGACACGACACACAAAGACGCACAAGAAGGACAACCAAAGCUUCGAAGGAAACCCAAGAAGAAGUCCAGAAGCAUCUUAGGCGUGGAGCGCUUCUCCUCGUUCUUCAAGACUACACGAAGCCCGGAGAGCUGCCGGCGAGUCCAGAGUAUGGGCAACCGGGGGGAUUUCACUCACAGAAAUGGAUCGACAAUCCUCUCCAUACAUCCCGAUCCUCUUUCCCCCAGGAAGCACAUGUGCGUCCGCAGGAGGCCGAUCCUGAGCUGCGACGAAGGCGCUGUGGAGGAAGUGCCGACGCUGGUCCGAGUGGUCAUGUUCGGAGGAGAUAAGGAGGCAGGGAGGCUGGCGAGGGCGUACAGCGACCUGCAGCAGAAGGAGAGUAAAUGUCCUCGACUCACCAAGACGUGCAAACUGCAGUUUUACUUCGUUCCCACCCGAGGGCGGGCGACGGGAAACACCCCCACUGAAGCGCCGUCAGGAAGUUCACGAGCUGCUGCUUCAGGGGAGUGUAACGGCGGUGUGAUGGAGGACUCCACUGAUAUCGCCCACAUGUUGGGUCUGAUGGACCCGUGGUACGAGAGGAACGUCCUCAGUCUGCUCAGCCUGUCCUCUGAAGUCCUCUGUCAGCCUGCCUGUAAGGAAGCGAGCAGCACAGAGAGCCUGCUGACUGACAUGGUGCUGUAUUACUGUCGACAUGCAGACCAGCCUGUUCUGCUGCAGCUCUACCAGGCAGAGCUGACCCUGGCUGGAGGAGAGAGGAGGAGGGAGGUGUUCCUCCACUCUCUGGAGCUCGGACACUCUGCAGGAAUCAGAGCGGUAAAGGCCAUGGGGGCUGCCAGCAAGAGGUUUGGAAUAGAUAAAGAGCGUGAGGCCGUCCCUUUGGAUCUGCGAGUUGGCUACAACAAGGUGGCUGUCAGCGGGAGGAGUCAGUGGACGCAGACAGAGAAGCUUUGCACGUCGAUAAACCUUUUCAAAGCCUGCAGGAAACCUGAGCAGCUCGAUACAAGAAUAGAGAGUCUGCAGCUGACGAUGACAGAAGUCCUGAAGAGCUCCAAGUCGAAAAAGGGCUACAACCAGCAUAUCUGUGUCUCAGAGGUGAAGGUGGAUAAGGUGCAGGUGAACGGAGGAGAAAAUGGAACGACUUUCGCUGUGUGUCUGGAUCAGGAUGAGAAGAAGUUCUUCCAAAGUGUCACCAGGUGUGAGGUGUCCCUGUGCUCUAAAUCAGGAAGUGGUUCAGACUGGAGAUCCUAUAAACUGUCACCGGGUCAGGUUCAGCCUCUGCAUCCAUCCUACUGCUCCCUGCUCUGCCUCCCCCUCACCUCCUUCUCUGGCUCCCCUCCCUGAAAACAUUUCAUCUGAGACAACGGACCGGGGAUGGUUAAAACUGAAGCACUGCUGGAAUCAGAAUAAAGAGACUGUGUAGAUCAAAGACAUAAAAGUGAUGCAGGGAUGAGGUAUUUUUGCAGGAUGAUCUGAAAGUUAGCAUCUCCCUGGUCCCCUCUACAAAACGUCAAUGGGAUUUUUCCAUUGGAUUUGGGAUGUUGGCUAAUGUUGGGCUAUAAAGGAACUACAGCACGGUCACAUGACUUCACGUCACCACCGCUAAGCUAAAGGCGGCUCAUGUUGGGCGUGAUGACGUUUAAUCGUCUCAUUUAGACAGUUGUUAGCAACUGCCUUUUUAAAAUCCGACAGUGGGGUAUUUGCUUGUGUUAACCAAAGACCUUAUUUUUCACCAACAACCAAAAACACUUUCAGAAAACCAUUGACUUCCAGACCAGGGGACAGGAAGUGCAAAAAUACUGACUAAUUUCUUGGUCUUAGGAUUCAUUCCUGCACCACUUUAAGAAGUAGCACUGUAUAAAUACAUGUAUUAAAGCACUCGCAUUUCAGGUUUAUCCUGUAGCUGAUGUACAGGUGUGUAUCAACUUGAUGAAAAGGAUGCAUGUUGGACGGUUUCCAGGAAAGUUUUCCAGCCUUCUACAUGUUUUUUCCAUCUGGUUUUAUUCCGGUGGUGGCUUGAAGUUUGAAAAAAAAGAAGAUGAAUGUCAAUGCUCUGCUGUCAGGAGCAUAACACUGAUUACUUGAUUACCACUGUGUACUUCCUGUUGAGUAGAAAUGUGAAGAAAGAGUUCUAAAAUAAGCUAUUUAUUUUUUGCAGUGAUUUUAUCGUGUUUUUAUGUCCCCAACCUUCAAAAAUAAAAUCCUUUUUAAGUC